AUGUGCGAUCAUGUCUUGGUUUUAGUAGCGGACAUGUCGAUUUAUAGGCCAUCCAUUCGUCCCGCGGACAUGAGUCGUAGACAACAUGGUUUUUUAAACCUCUGUGAGAGGUUGGAGGUAAGGAGAGGAGUAGUGCCCUGUCGUGUGCGAGGAGAGGUAUUUCUAGUGUUCUGUUGUUCGGUGCCGACGCCGCGGACGUCAUCCCGUAUUCGUCUACAUAGCUUUCUUUUGACGCCUCUCGCUCACGCAUCCGGAUGUCUUGGCCUGAUAUCUAUGUUUCUUGGUAAAGGCGCUGAUACAAUUGCGGAGAUUGUGAUAGAAUACGCAUGGUACACCUCCAGCUGCGGUGCUAAACUCCUGCGGGCGCGUGUCCCGCGAUGUAGAACGCGACAGGACUCCAAGCGCCACUGCCAUGUUCGAGCUGUUGUCACGUUCGGAUGGUGGUUGAAGGGAACAUGGCAGGAAGGACGACUCGUGAAAGGCAAAGACGUCACAAAGGAAGAAGAUUUGUAUGAUGGAGCAGUCAGGUUCUUGCUAUUGAAGACGAUACACAGAACGAAAAAGACAACGGAAAAAGACAACGAAAAGCAAACUAUCUAUGGUGGAAAGCUUCUUCGGCACCAAAACCACCGAAAGCACUACCUUCAUCCCGAGCAUCCGCUUCACCGACAGGCCCAAGUGACGGCCCCCAGCAACCCGAAGGUCCCAGGGGAUCUUUGGUUAAGCCGAAGCACGCUCGCAGUCAGUGCAAACUUCAGCUCAUCGCCGUUCUCGUUAGCCGGGCCUCCAGGUUGUCGUGGUGACCCUCGCGAACCAGACCAAACAGAAUCCACGUCGCCCAAGUGACGGCCCCCAGCAACCCGAAGGUCCCAGGGGAUCUUUGAUUAAGCCGAAGCACGCUGUGUGGACCUGCUGCGUCUUUGUUGGUCGGGGGGUCAUGGGGAGAGCCCGGCUGUAUGUGGAACCCGUGAACACCCGCUGGAAAGCAAACAAUGUGUGCUAGGGGACAAGAACCUGAUCUGAAUGGUUGUCAGUGAAGCUGUGGUGAAGGGUGGUGAGUGGUAACUUACGCUUGAAACCAGUCCACCAGGUAGUAGCCAGCAUCGAGUCGGUGAAGGUCGGUGAGUUGCCGAGUUGCUGAUGGCGAGGGACGAGGUGAAGUUGGCGUCGUUGCUCAGUGAGCGUCGAGUUUGUUGACAGGCGACGUCAUGUCGACGAAGGUGCUGAGUGUGGUAGGCACCGAUGGAAACCGAAGACUGGGGACCGUGAGCGCUUCAUCAAGAGAUGAGGCAG